UGCCUUCCAUUUGGUGACACAAGUCGACGCAAGCAUUAUCCUAUCAUUGUUAUUCAUUGAAUGCGGAACAAAGACAAAAUGAUGUUUGUGUCGACUGUGUUACCAAAUGGAAAGCACCAAUAGUCUUCAUGUUCCCUCGCUGAUCGCACGGAUGGAAAUGCGCACGUGUCUCAACACGCGGAAUUCUAGCAGUAGUUAGAGGCCGUUAAGUUUUUGGUUUACAAAUUAACAAUGGAAAGUUUAGCCCAACUUUUUCAAAAUAUAUCCUCGCAGACGAAUUCAACUCUGCAGGACAAAAAACGACCCAGUUUACUAUGUGAUCCAAAAGAAGCUGCGAAUUGGGACCGGCAGAUCAUAUUGAGUAUAGGUCAGAGCGGUCUGCAGACAUUGAUAAAAAGUUCCUCACUCUUUGUUGAGUUUGAAGGGACACUAUUUUCUAAAAAUUCCUUGAAUUAUGAGCGUGCUGCGGAGGAUAUUACAGUAAAUCAAGAAGUAACUACAGAAAUUAAAAAAUUUUUGAUACUUUUAUCUCCAUAUUUUUUAACAAAUGCCUCACACAAAGCACUGGAAUGGCUAAUAUACAGAUACCAUAUUCAUAAAUACAACCGAGAUGACUUUAUAUUGUUGAUUUUGCCGUAUCAUGAAUCUCGUAUAUUUGCUAGAGCGUUGCAGAUGUUGAAUCUAUCGAAUGAUGACAAAUGGCAUUGGCUGACAUCUUUACAGAAGCGAGGUCAAACACCAGUGUCAGAAAUUCUUGUUAAACGUUUAAGCACAGAUGAGGCAUUUAUGCAGAUACUGUGUACCCACGUAAUAUCCGCCGUAGAAACCUAUCCUGACCAGGCACCUAAGCUGAACACUUUGUAUGGUUUUUAUACCACGUUGUUGUUAGGUGUAAUUGAAGAAGUGACUACCGUCACCGACGUUCAAUUGAACUACCUACUACCAACUCUUUUCUAUGGUCUGAAAAGUCCUGUUCUUGAUAUCGUCGCCAGCAGCUACAUGAUCAUUGCACAGUUGAUGACAAAGAUGCAACUCGACGCUGAUAAAACAGAGAAGAUAUUGCUAAAGAUUUUCAAGAAAGCACACUUGAAACAGGAAGCUACCAUGCUCUUGUUGUAUCUCUAUCAGUCUCCGAGUAAUAACAGAUUAACUGUCAUGCCUCAAAAAGUUCUGCUCCAACUGUCUAAAAAGUCCUGGUUCAUCGAGACCGUAGCUCAGAUUCACUCAACAAACAUGAAUGUGUCGCAAUUUACCGUGCCUUUCCUUCAGGCGGCUUGUCAAGCGAUCGCCGAGGAUCCGGUGGGUACCGCCGGUGUCAAAAGCAUGAUGAGCGAUUUUGCAACGUACGUGAAACUCAGCGGUAACACGGUGGAUGCGAUUUUGUCCGGCGUACUGACAUGCAAAUUCUUCAAGAGCGAGAUGCCGCAAGAGGCGAAGGACUUUCUAGCGCGAUUUUAUCAGAGCUUCGAGCGUAGCUAUCCGGAUAGGUUCGACAGACACUUGAAACACCUCAUGAAACAGAAUGAGGACAAGGACAACGCCAGGCAGGCGUUGAAUUUCCUCACAUCCUGGCCUUUCCUCACCAAAGAGACGCAGGAAUCGGUCGAGAUCCUGGACAAAUUGGCUCACGUUAAUUCGGUGCAGCGAGUGCGUGCCUUGGAAAUUCUCGCUCGGGGCAACGUGAACGUCCCUAAGAGCUUCCGUCCUAUAAUGAUGAGGACGCUUAAGGCGCGCUUCUACGACGACGACAUGGACGUCGUGAGGACCCUGCUGUCCCUCUCUAGCACGAGACUGAGCAGUUUGCUGCCUGCUGACACUCUGGUGGACGAGUUAGUGACUUUAUUGUCGACAUGCCAUACCGCAUCGAGGAAGGAGUUAGCCCAACCGGCUCUGAAGAUACUCCUGGAACUUUGCGAAGAUGGCGACGACACCAGGGUCUUCAUCACAGCCUUGCCGUACGUAUUUCCGGCUACCGAAGAGGACAUGGAAGUCGCAACGGAGGUCCUGCGCUCGAAUUUCGGUAGAAAUAAUAUCUACAUGCAGCGUAUGACGAAGGAUCUCGAUGACAUGAAGAAGAGCAAAGGUCAGCGUUCCGUGAACGCGGGGGCGGUCAUCUCCGUCGCUUUCCAUUACAUCCUGAUGCCGGAAUACUUGCCGGCUACGAACAGUAUACUGGAUUCAAUGCGUCAGCAGGUUUCUCACGGCGACGCAGCCUCGGUAUUCUUCAAAAUGAUCUUAUUGGGCUCGGUCUGCCGGGUGACCGUGGGCACCCUUCCGGCCAGGGUGGGCCGCGACGUGAUCGAGAUAGCAUCGGACAUGAUCAAGAAAUACCCGUACGUCAAGCCGUUGCGCGACUGCAACAAUAUCAACGGCAACAACAUCCACUUGGCGAUAAAGCUCACUUACGAGGGCUUCCUGCCGUUGCAGGUAGGCACUUACGUGCUGGAGAUGGUGUUCAGACGGGUGAACCUCAAGCCCGAGCCUAAACUCGAUUUUGUCAACAACGCCGAACAGAGCAACCUGGUCGUCAGGUUACUGGAGAUGCUCCUCGAGGGCAUGCGCAAGAAACGAUGGAGGGAACACUAUUACCGAUACCUGCAGAUCUUCUUCCAGAUACACUUCGCCACGAUGAAGGACCUCGUCAGCUUCUUGUCGCAGCUGUACAUAAAUCCCGUCGGCCUGCAGACUUCUUAUCACUGUCUGCAGAUCACGCUGGAGCUGUUGGACCACUGCUCCGUCCAGUGGGUGUUCCAGGACCUGCACUUCGUGACGAAUCUGUUGCUCUGUCUCGCGAGACCCAACAGCGUCUGCCGAGCGGCGGCGAUAGAAAUCCUGAGGAAGCUCACGCGGGGCUUCAGUCUCGCGACGGAGCCGUUGUCCGCGCUGCUGCAGGAAGUCGCAGCUCAGAGCGCGAAGAUCGAGCAGGACGCGGAACAGCUGCAGUCGAUGCUCUACUACUUCCUCUCGCCGGAUCCCGACGUGUCCCACCGUAUGAAGCAACGGAAGAAACUGCAACAGGCGCAGAAGCUGCUGUUCGACGUGGUGUUGCAGGAAGACGUUCCGAUAGACCGCAGGGCCCAGCUGUUGGACAUGCUGUCGGCAGUCAACGGCACGCAGAUCCUCCAACGACUGGCGCCGUUGGGUCAGCAGCUCCUGCAGAAACUGGCGGACGAGUCAACCAGGAGCCGGCCGGCCGGCGACGCCCUGAGGAACAUCCUGCAGCGUUUCGACGGUUCCACGGUCGAGGCGUUGUCGAGCGACGGCCAAGUGUGGUCCUUCUUCGAAUCGAGUAUCCUGCAGUACGAGCCUUACGCGUUCACCGCCUCCGGCGAGCAAACCUCACCGAGCGUGGUGCUGCUGAAACAAAUCAACGACACGUUCUUCGCGAGCGCCGGCCGGAUCUCACGCGACCUGCAGACGAAGAUCUUCUCCAAGAUGUUGGACUUGCUGACCGACUGCGAAGUGAGCAGCGUAAUCUCAAACGCGAGCCGAGCGAUCCGGCGGAUCCGCAUCGACGCGUCGCUCGUCGAGGCCGAGCUGCAGGCGAUGAAAGAGAGCAACCCCGAGGAGCGGCCGGAGGCGACGGGCAACUCGAGGAGGAGACAGAGGCACCGUCAGCCACGCCGAAUGACGACUCCCAAGAUCGUGUACAGCAGGGCGUGGAAACGCGGCGAGGCCUUGCUGCAAAUCGUGCAACACGCCAAGAACAUCGAGCACGAGGAGACGCUGUACGCCGUGCUGUUCGACCUGGUUAAUGUCUGCGUCAGCCUCGAGGAGCUCAGUCCGGUGGAGUACACGAAUCAGUUGAUCCUGCAGACGAUCCACCGUCUGAUGACGCAGGGCCUGCCGUUGCGCAACGCCGCGAUGCACAUCGCUCUCGUGACGAAGUGCAUCAGGACGUCCCGCAACCCGCAGACGCAUCAUCACGCGCUGCAGGUGCUCGUCGAGCUGGUGAGGACGGUCGACGUGAGUCGGGCGCUCAUCAACAUCAUGCCCAUCUUUACGUUCAUGGGCAGCACGAUGGUCCGCCAGGACGAUUCUUAUUCCAUCCAGAUCACUUUCAAGGUGUUAGAGACGGUGGUGCCGAUCGUCAACGCCGCCAGCGACGAGAGCCACGCCUGCCUGAUGCUGCGAAUCUUCGUGAGCUCCUUGCCGGAUAUACCCGAGCACAGGAGGAUACCGUUGUUCGCUAAAUUGCUCGAGCUUCUUGGCGACAAACUGCACUUGUAUUACCUGAUCACCUUCGAGAACCGUGCGACCAAGUCCGAGAAGACGGCCGUGCAGUGUGUGGAGUUCGCUCUCCAGAUGUGCCAAGAGUUCUCGAUGCUGCAGCUACUUCAGGUGUGUACGAAGGUGAUCAAGUUCGUCCGGGAUCUACCGAUCAACAUCGAAGAGAACCAGGCGAGAGGGGAGGCGAUGAGUUUCAAGUACAAUCAUAUCUACGACUUGAGUAAGACUAACCCGAAGAUUCUACGACAGUACAAAUUAACGGCGAUACACUUCCUCGUCCGCCUUUUAUCCUCCCAGGAGUUCAUCAAUCAGAUACCUCAGCUGAGCGAGAGCGAAGCGAAUAAGAUGAACAAAUACUGCGAUCAUUUAGCGAGCGAAUUGAUCGCGCUGAUUCAGAUCAUUUUGAAGGUCGCCAAUCAGCACCAAGAGAACGAAAACGUGUUCGCGAAGUACUGGAAGAUAUUGUUACAUCAUCUACACGACGUGCUAGAUCUGGUGAACAACCUGUUGUCGAACUCAAUGUUCCUGAAGAACGUCAAGCGUUUGCAAGCUCAUGCGGACAUGAGUCAUGAGCUGUUAACUGUGAGGAAGAAGAUCUUGGAGUUGCUGAACGCUCGACUGCUUCAGAAAAAGUUCGGCGAGCAAGAUCACACGAAUCUUCUUGGCUUGAUCGAUUGUCUCGUAUGCAUCGUUCGCGCUGAAGGGGGAAACGGGAACCAAGAGUUCGAGGUUCUUCAACAGACGACGCUGAUCUCUCUGAAAUUGCUGGCGAAAUUAUUGGCCGCUACAUACGUGGACCAAUUUCAGCCGGUUCUAAGAAUAACGGUAGACCUGUUGAAGUCGAGAGACGGUCCAGUUUUGGCUAACGCGGUGUUAUGCCUCGCGGAACUAGUCAGUUUAAUGCAAUCCAACGCUAUCGGCAUGUUGGAUGACUUCAUGCCGGAGAUCUUGAAGCUGAUGAAGACCCAUUGUCAUCAGAACGUACCGGAUUCGAUGGUCGUCAGCAUCCUGACUGCCCUACAGAAGAUAGUCGAGUCUUUGGGGAAAUUCCUCACCAGAUACUUGAAGGAUCUUCUGUCCGAAUUGAUUAUAUUGAAUUCGUUGUACACCGACACGGGGAAUCCCAAGACCACAGUCGUACUUUCACGAUUGAAGAUGAUUUCGCAGAAUUUAUCCAGCUGCGUACCUCUGAACGAUUUGUUGCCGGUUGUCAGAAUUACCUAUAAGAAACAGCUGAAAAAGAAGUUCUACCAACGUAUACCGUCGUUGAUGAACGUGCUGGCCGAUUCCUUCGAGAAAGCGCAGUCGGCGCACAUAAGAAAUGAGAUAAAAAGUCUCACCGAGUUCUUCCUACAAGUUCUACAAUUUCGCGAGAGUAUCAAGGAUCCCGUAGGCGACGAAAUAGACGUUAACGUCGGAGACACAGCGGGGCAUGUCGUCGCGGUUGAAGAAAGCGCUAGCAAGGCUAUGAUUGCCCUGAUGUACAAGCUGAACGACGUGACUUUCCGAUCGUUGUACGAAGAUUUGUAUAGAUGGGCAGAGGGAAAUACGACGCACUUGGAACGAAACAUAACAUUCUACAGGUUGUCGGCGAAUAUGGCAGAGUGUCUGAAAAACUUGUUCGGCAAGUUCGCCGGAAUCUUCUUCCACCAUGCGGCUUCGUUGCUGAAAAGCAACACGUUUCUCAACGGGACUCUUCACACAUUGACGCUUCCCAAAGAGUCGGACAGAAUCGAGCUGAUAGAGGCGAUUUUGUUGACUCUUUCCCGUGUAUUCAGUUACAUUACGCGUAAUACCAUCAAUGAGGAACGGUACAUGACCCUCCCGCAGCUGUUAGUGGACCAGCUGGAGAACACGAUGGGCACGAAGGAAGAGUACGAGAGCCGAGCGAGCCGAUUGAUCAUACCUUGCAUAGCCUCCUUCGUUGGAGCCGUUCCUGAUGACAUGUUGCAUAAGGAGCUGAUUACCCAGACUUUACUGAAGACCAAGCACGCGAAGCCUUACGUCAGGAGUACUGCUUUGAACGCAUUGGUGGAAAUCGCGAGGAAGCUUGGGGAAGACUUCAUGCCGUUACUGCCGGAAUCGAUACCUUUCCUCGCUGAGAUAAUGGAAGACGAAGACGAAGCUACGCAACAAUGCGCGCAGAACGCUGUCCGCACGCUAGAGGAGAUUUUAGAAGAACCUUUACAUCAAUACUUCUGAACAUAUUCAAAUAUUAGCUUACACGCUUAAAUAACUACUAAAUAAUUACCAAGAAUCCACGUGUGAGAAUGUCUUUUGUAAAUAGAAUUAUUUCUCCAAAAUUAUUUUAAAUGAGAUAUAAGCAUUUUAUGAGUUUGCAUAAUAUUUUUAUAUAAUACUUUUAUACAUAUGCAGUAUUUUUAUUAUUCUAGUGUAUACUAUUUCCAGUUCGGAAGUAACUUAGCGUGUAAAUAGUCACAUAAUUAAAUUAAAGGGGAAUAUAAGUGAAUGAACGUUGAGGAAAGAGCGGAUUAGUUAAUUUUUUGUCGAUUAUUAUUAUUGCACGAUUAACAGUUAUUUUUCUGUAAUAUGAUCAUGUUGAUGAGUUGAAUAUUGUCGUAAGCAGGUAAGAAUAAUUAAUGACAAUAACAGGCGGGUACUAAGAAAACGUUCAUUUAUUUUCAACUUAUUCUCAAAUUUGGACGAAGUAUAGAAUAUAUUAUCUGCUUAUAUUAUAAUACAGUAACGUAAAGUUUGUGUUUAUGUAUACAUGUGUAUGUAUCUAUGCUUAUGUAUAUAUGUAUGCAUGUGUGUAUGUAUAUGUGUAAAAUCAUGAUGUAAUAGGCUCGCGAGUUAUACAGUAUCGAACCGGCCGUAAGUCCGUUUGUGCCCACGCACGGGCCUCGGACGCGCACAAGCACGCGUCCCGUUUUGGCAACGCAUUUUUCGCCCCGGCCGUCCGUCUCGCUUUGAACGUCUCCCUCUUUCUCUCUCA